AUGGUAAACUUCGAGAAGCAUACUUCCCACCAGCAACACAAAAAUGAAACUUCACAACAUGAAACUAAACUUCAAAUGGAUAGUGAAGCAUCCUCGGAACCACCUGCUAAGCGUUUAGCUUGUGCAAAUUGCCGUCGUCGUCGGAAGAAAUGUGACUUGGAGUAUCCCUGUGGAAGGUGUCAAGAAUUAGGGCUUGGAUGUAAUAUCAACAAAGUGGACUUGCGUAAGAAGAGGUAUAAUUUGACAUACGUUAAAAAUCUUGAAGACCAUGUUGCCGAAAUGGAGCUUCGGCUACGACAGUAUGCUAAACUUGCUGAUGAAAUUUUGCCAGAAGAUGCAACCGAUAUUAAAAGACUUAUGGUUGACGAAGUUUUGAAUGGUUUAUCGCCUAUGCCGUCUACUGGGUCGCCAAUCACGGCAGCUAAACCCAACACACCUGUUUUAAUCAAAAGUUUGCCUUCAAAUGUAGAUAGCUCGUGCAAUGUGCCCUCUGAUGGAUAUGUUGACGAUAAUGAGAAUACGGUUGGAAACAAUAGGCCACCUUCUGCUCAAUCAAACGACUCUUCACUAUCCAACUCAUCUGUGCAUCAUGAUGUUUUGAGAAAUAAAAAGUUUGUGAAGGGCAGUAUUUAUCCAGAGGGUCCUACGUCAUAUAAGAAACGUAAACGGGACACCACCUCGAUAUUUUCACAACCUACCCAACGUAUCGGUGAUUUGAAGAGCACGGUGAUUGUUAGAAACCAAAUCGACCCUAAUGAUGGCAGAUUAAAUUCAGAUCCCGCUAUCAUCCAAAGUUUGUCCAAUUUUUAUAAAUGGCUUUACCCUGGAAACUUCAUUUUUGUCCAUAGAGAGUCUUUCUUAUAUGGAUUCUUCAAUCAUACAGAUGAAACAUAUGAUAAUUCACAGCAUUGUUCAGAGGAGUUAAUAUAUGCAGUAGCGGCCAUAGGAAGUAGAUUGUCGAAAGAUUUACAUCAUUUAUCCGAGAAAUAUUAUCAAAUAGCCAAGACCCGAUUGUUGAAAAUUGUAUUUGAAGAGCAAAGUAUAGCCAAGAUCACCACGGUACAAGCACUAUUGUGCCUAGCAUUUUACGAAUUAGGAAACGGUGAAAACCAAUUAGCAUGGUAUUUCAGUGGACUUGCUAUCAGAGUUGGAUAUGACAUGGGGUUCCAAUUAGAUCCGAAAGUGUGGAUCACUGAUGACAGUAUCAACGAGAACCAAGAUUUGAGUGACAGUGAAUUAGAAAUCAGAUCCAGAAUAUAUUGGGGUUGUUACAUUGCGGAUCAUUUUAUAUGCUUAAUUCUUGGAAGAGCACCCAGUUUAACGGUGUCAAAUUCAACCGUUCCCGAGAGUGAUGAACUACCAGAGAUUGAGGGAACCGAAGAUUUCAGGUACGAAUCCCAAACGGUGUUACAAGUUUCACAACCAUUAAAGAAUUUGAUGAUUUUAUCCAGAAUUAUUCAGAUCUUCACGUCGAAGAUAUUUAUUGAGCCUAACACCACAUCAAGGCGAAUUGAAUACUUGAAAAAAUUCAACCUCAAGGUAUCCAAUUGGAGGCAAUCCCUUCCAGAAUUCCUCAAAUGGUCCAAGAGCCUGGUACAAAGCGUCGAUAUGAGUACGGACCCAACUAUCUCGUAUUUUUGGUACCAUUACUACAUCGUCCUAAUCACGUUCAACAAGCCGUUCAUGGAAGACUGUGAGGAAUCCAAGACUGUGAUUUUGGAAAUCUUGGGUGAUCUAAAGACGUUAUUGAGCAAUCUGAAAUUAAAAUUCGGUAACGGAUUAAGACAAGCUACUUUAUACCAUUUAUACACAUGUUUGCUAUCGAUUUCCUGUUUCCAAAAAUUGAAAUCUAUGGGGUCCGACAGCGUCAUCGACUCCGUUUUUCCGAACUUGUCCCUCGAGCUAAAUUGGUUCAAAUCUGUGUUCCAUGAUCUAUCAAACAUGUACGAUUUACCAAACAAGAUAGAAGAAGAGGAUCUAGAAUUGGAACAACAACAACAAGAAAACUCGGCACAUCAGACGCAUUUAAACCCACACCAGGGUUACCAGGGCUACCAGGGUUUCCAAGGGUUCCAUCAAAUGAACAACAUACACGAUUUCUCCCUAUCUGAUGAGAUUGACGACCUGAUUAAGCAAGUGUUUGGUUUCGACACUUGGAAUAUAAACCCGAGCUACCAAGUUUGA